AUGACCCCGAACAUCCUAAGAGCCAUAGCGGCCCCAACACCUCUCGGCCAACUGCUCUGCAAUUCGUUUAGAGUGCCUCGUUAUGGAAGAUUUCCUCUCAUAUUCAAACCGCAGACCAGGAAUCUGAGCAUCCACGAGUACCAAGCACAGGGGCUUCUGGCCAAGGCUGGAAUAAACGUCCCCCGUGGAAGGGUUGCGGAGACGCCAGAGGCAGCGCGCGAUGCUGCGGCCUCUCUGGGCGGGCCAUGUAUACUAAAGGCCCAGGUCCUCGCCGGUGGCCGCGGAAAGGGUGUCUUUGAUAGCGGCCUAAAGGGAGGUGUUCAACUCGUCGAAACCGCGGAGACGGCCUUUAAUAUGUCGAAGCAGAUGAUUGGGAGUCGAUUGCGCACCAAGCAAACCUCGGAAAAGGGCCUUGAGGUUGGGAAGGUCUACGUUGCAGAGAAGGUGAAAUACGACAAAGAGUUCUACCUCUCGAUUGCGGUGGAUCGUGACAACACCCGCCCAACAAUAAUAGCAUCUCGAUAUGGCGGCGUGGAUAUUGAAGCAUUGGCCGCACGCGAUGAUAAUAGCGUCGUGCGCAUUCCACUUGAUUAUCACGGCGGUGUCACUGGAGAGGUCUCUGCCCAGGUGGCUAACGCGUUGUGCCUCGAUACAGAAGCCCAAAAAGAAGACCUCCAGGCUCUUUUAGACAACUUGUAUGGGCUGUUCAAGUCCUCGGACGCCACCCUUGUCGAGAUCAAUCCGCUGGUCUUGACUACGUCAGGGCCGUUGGCAUGUCUGGACUCCAAGUUCAAUUUCGACAAUGCUGCUCGAUUCCGGCAGGCAGAUCUAUUUGCUCUAGAGGACAAGUCCUCCUCGUCCAAGGAUGCCCUGGAACGAGAAGCCGAGAGCCUCGGGUUUGCGUACGUGCGACUGGAGGGCAACAUCGGCAACAUCGUGAACGGCGCCGGUCUUGCAAUGGCGACAAAUGAUGCAGUCAACUAUCUGGGUGGGAGCUGUGCCAACUUCCUCGACGCUGGGGGUCGGGCUACGAAGGAGACGAUGGCACAGGCCUUUCGUAUCGUGCUAAGUGAUGAGAGAGUCAAGGUUAUAUUCAUUAACAUCUAUGGAGGGAUCAUCCAUGGCGACAUGGUUGCUCGGUCAAUCAUUGAGGGUGUCCAGGAGAUAGGACCCCUUCGCGUACCCAUGGUGGUGCGCCUUCAGGGGACCAAGGCGGCGGAGGGCCAGCAGGCGCUGGCUGAUUACGGACACGGAAUUCACUCUGUAGAUAAUUUCACGGCCGCCGUGCAGCUGGCAGUCAAAUUGGCUGCUGAAUGA